AUGGAGGGCGGGGGCGGCUGGGCGGCCGCGGCCGCCGAUGCGGAUGCCGCCGCCGCCGCCGCCAGCGACGCGGCAGCGGCGUCCUGGGCCGACGCGGCGGCCCAAGCGGCCGAGGCGCUAGCUGGCGGCGGCUGGGCAGCGCUGGCCGCGGACGCUGCGGCCGUGGCCGACGACGGCCUCGAGGCGGCGCCGCUGGCCCCCGCCGACGGCGGCGACGAGGGCGGGCCGCCGCCCCCUCAGCGCGACGUCUACGGCCACGGGCUGGACGUCGAGGAGCUGAAGGCGCCCGCUGCGGCGACGGGCGCCCGCCGCAAGGCAACCUGGCUGCCGCUGGCGCCGCUUCGCAAGAAGCUGAAGGGCGCGGAGGUGCUGCCUGCAGGUGGAGCAGGGCCUGCGGCGCUCCCCGCGGUGGCCAUCGCGGCGGCAGCCGCCGCGGCAGCGGACGUGGACGAGGAGGCGGCGGCGUUGUUCGGGGACUGGACCGACGACGGCGACGCCGUCGAGCCCGCGCCCGAGGAGGACGCGCAGAUCGUCCCGUUCGACGCCGCCGAGCCCAUGCCCGACGGCAUCGGGGCUCGGCGCGAUGCCGACGAUGCCGACGAUGCUGGCCAUCGGCAUGGCGUCGUUGCGACCAUCGUGGGGCAGAUGGCCGCGAUCAUGCGCUCGAAGAUGACGCACCGUGCCGUCGAGGUCGAGUGCCCGAAGCAGCGUGGCAUGCUGAACUAUUGGCUUUACCUGAAGGGCAGCACGCUUCCCUUCUCGCAGGAGUGCGCCUUGCUGAAGGGUCGGGGCUGCCACCUCAUGGCCAAGCAGUUGUGCGAGGGCGUGCAGUCUCGCGGUGGGCGGCUCAUCAGCUGGACCGAGUGCUUGCGCUACGACGAGACGCCGAUGCACAUGCGGCUGAGCGGUCAAGUCGGCACGGUGGUUCUCAGCAGUAGCUGCAAGAGUGCACACGUGGCCAAGAUCCUGAACACGGAGCGGGUCUACGCCAUGCUGGUUUGGUUCCUUGAGGUCGGGUACUACGGGGUGCGGAUUCCGUUGGAGACGCCAGUCCAGUCGGUGAGCAGGACAACUGGCGAGGUGCUCGGCGACGCCAUCAUGGCCAGCCAGCCGCCGAUGAAGGAGGUGCCUGAGAUGUUCGAUCGACGUCAGCGGCUGGUGUGCACCGACGGCGCGAGCGGCAUCUCGCGGCUGGAGCGCAACUUGGAGCGCGUGAGCGACGGCAGCAGCAGCACUCUCAGAACGAAGUGCGAGGUGCACAUGGUCCACAAGUGGUUCAAGAGCUGCUUCCACCAUGUGGCGUGCGACACCAGCUGCAUGGUCAACGCGGCGAAGGCGCUGCGAUGGCAUGACGGCAUGCGGUCGUUCAGGGCGACCCUCAGGAACGUCGUCGAGAGCUCGCUGGUGCACUAUCCCGACGAGAAGCCGUCGGCCGUGAACACCGCCUACAGCACCAAGGUCUUGGACUUGUUCAUGGCGGAGAAGUCGGCGCGCAACCGCAUUCGGCGGUGCGUGAUCCUCUCGUUGGCGAGCGGCGACUG